UACAAAUGCGAGAAGCGAACCGCCCUCUCCUCUCGCCUUCUCUAAGCUCUCUCUCUACUCCGUGUGUCGCUGUUCUUCCUCCCUCCUCCGGUUUCCCCAUUCCGCAUUGCUCCUUAAUCACUGUAGAGAGCUUGUGACAAGUAGUUUAGCAGCCAAGUAAUAGGCAUGCCCCUGUUGAAAAGAAAGCCUUUUCCCUUAGCUGACCCACCCAAAGAUUUGGAGCAUCAUGAGCUUGUGUAUCAAGUUCGGUUCACGAAGGAGAUAUUCCGUGACUACAAUGAGUAUCUGAGUAGGAUAAAUCUAUACCGACGAAGAGUUUGGAUGUGCAAAUUCACUGGAAAAAGUAAUUUGACAUAUGAGGAGGCGCUAGUGUCCGAAAAAUGUGCAGCUGAGAAGGUUCAACAGUUUCCAAAGGAUCUAAUAGUCCCUGCUCUGAAGAUUAUCCAAUACAGCAUGUUGUCACUCAAAGAUCUUGCAGACACAAUUGCUGUGAAGUUGCAGGAAUGCUUKUUUGUUGGUAUUGAAUUGUAUGGAAAGAAGGAUGAUCAGAUUUAUCCAUGCAAAAUUGUCAAAGUUCUUGAUAAUGGUGCCAGGAAAAUACAAUAUGAGGUAGCCUGGCUUGACAGAAAUAAGAAAGUAACUGAUAAUGUAGUUAUGAAUGCAGAGGAUUUAGUACAGAAAAAACCUCCUUUGAGCAGAAGGUUUUUGAAGUCUUUCAUUCGGGAAUCUACAUAUCGCAGUGCCCCUUGGGUGCUUCAUGACAAACUGGCACAAAAUCAUGGAAUUUCAACUGAUCUUCCACAAGAAUUAAGAAGCAAAGCUUUUUUCCGCGAUGGGCUUUUGGUCUGCAACAAAAAGAGAAAAACAAAUGACAUGGGAACAAGUGAUUCUGGAAAAYGUAAAAGGAGAAACAUGGAGAGGGAGAGGAUGAAUGGCUCAACUGCAGAAAAUGGUGCAAAUAAAGAAGGUGAUCAACUUGAGGAAGGACUCAUCAAAUAUCCAAUUGAUGAUCUUUUAGUACAGCCUGGUGUGGAUGAUCCAGAUUUCUCAGAACGUCCUUCUCCUUCAAGAGACUUCAAAGUUCCAAUGAACUGUGUUGGUGAUCUUUUGAUGGUUUGGGAUUUUUGCUCAUCUUACAGUCGGCUUUUGCACUUGUGGCCAUUUUCUCUUGAUGAUUUUGAGUGUGCUGUCCAUCACAAGGAGAGUAAUGCACCACUCCUUGUGGAAGCACAUUCAGCAUUUUUUCGCUUACUCUUAAAAGACAAUGGAGAAUAUUUAUCGCUUGUUCAAGGGAAUAACAUUAGUUAACUGGACAGAGUACCUCUGUGACUUCCUAGAAAUGAUUGGGAAUCCAGAAUUAUCUGCCAGCACAGCAACUAUCAAGCGAGGUCACUAUGGCCUUUUGGAUACUCAUGUCAAACUGGGGAUAUUUUGUGAGUUGGUUAAUCAGUCCCUGGAAUCAAAUAUAUUCAAGGAAAAGUUAGAUGAGAUUAUUGAACAGAGGCAGGCACUUGGAGCUACCAGGAGAGGGGAAGCUUUGGAAGAAGGCAGAAAGAAAAGAGAAGAGAAAGAGCGCUUGAAAUCUGAGACUCUGUCAAAUGGACUUGUAAAUGGGCAUCUUAUSGACAAAGAAAAGAGCAAAAUAGCCAAAGUUGAUCAUGGUAAACAGAAUAGAGAUUCAUCAAAAAAUAGGAAUGGGGUGGUCAUAUCAUCUCAAAAUGGUCUUUCCCCUGUAAAAAGUGAGGAUGAUCAACCAAUUGCUUAUUUGAAGAAAAUGGCGAAGAAGCAGCGGAAUAGUGAUGUAACAGCUAAUUCUCCAAAUUCAUCACGGAAGGAAGCAAAGGAUGAUACGAUUGAAGUUAAUGAAAAGAAUACCAAAGAACAGAGGAGAGAAUAUUAUGAGCGGGAAAUGGAGAAACGAUCAAUAAAAACCAAUCCCUUGGGGAAAGACAGAGAUCACAACAGAUAUUGGUGGUUCCGUCGUGAUGGAAGGAUUUUUGUAGAGAGCUCAGACUCCGAGGAGUGGGGAUAUUACAGUAGCGUGGAAGAGCUUGAUGCAUUUAUGGGCUCACUGAAUUGCAAGGGGGAGAGAGAGAGAGCACUCAGCAAGCAGCUCGAAAGAUCUUAUAGCAGAAUUUGCCUUGAACUCAACAAGAGAUCGAAGGACUUGACUAACCAAAUUGCAGUGGAGGAGGCCGUGCUGCGAAGAUCAACUCGCGUCCGUGCUCCUCCUAGGGAAAAUCCUGCUACUGCCUAUCUCAGAUAUGUCAACAGGUGGAAGGAGGAUUAAUCCGCUCUAACGCGACAYAGCCCCAUCUAGUUUCAAAGUACAGGAGACCUCAUUUUGGGAUGGAUGGCGCAUUUGUUAGGUGAGAAAUGAAAAAUUCUCUYUUUUUUUGUUUUUUUGUUUUUGUUUUCCUCAACUUGACAUGGUUGGGAUAAUUAUCUGAUGAGAUAUCGUAUAGGUAACUGAGAGUGGAGGGAGGGGGGCGGGGGGUAGUGUGAAGAAAAGGGAUGGAGCAAUUUUUUUUUCUUCAGCUCAUUCCAUUAAAAGCUCAACCGUAUGAUUUUUUUUUCUUCUUCUAGGCAUUCUUUAUUUGUAGCAGCAAACAGCUAACAAAUUACAACAACACAAACAUAUUCUACUCUCUCUCUUUCUGCCAUAAGCCAUCUAGAGUACGAGUAACAUAGAGGGGCUGGUGGGCGCGGAGGAGACGAAUUACUCGAUUUUCUUUGUAGAAUUAGAUGCUAAAAUUGAAAAGCAACUAGGGUCGGUGAUCAAACCUUCUAACUCUGAGGAAGAUGACAAGUGUCUUAUCCAUUUAGUUAUGCUCGAAUUGAUGAUUGGAUGUUGACUGUUGAGUCAUAUAACCAAGGGACGACCUCAUUGGAAAGGGCAUGGAGCUUUGUGGUAUCACCUACCAUGAAGUCUUGAAACCAAAUUUUUGGGUGUGCUUGAUAACAAGAAUUUGUGAUGUCUCAUCAAUCCAUGUCCUAGGGAGGGUGCAUGUGCCUUGGUUAUAGGAGCUAUCGAUUCUAGGUUAUUAGAAAAAAAAAUGAUGGUUUUGUUUUGUUACAUGCAAAAAUGAGACAAAUAUUAGAAAUUUGAUAUUGUUUACAUGAAUCUACAUCAACUAUUUAGAUUGUUAUA